AUGUGGCUGAAUCUGGGCAAACGUGACUGGAAGCUUGACCGAAAUUCAGAAGAAUGUGUGCCAAAAGAACGCUCGAGUGUAGAUUGUUCAAGUUCAAGUAGAGGCUUGUUUCUUGGCAUCAUAAUAUUCGUGGCUGCCGUGAUUAUUCUCAUCACAUUUUUCGUGCUUGUGCGAACUGACGAAUUUAUGAAUACAGCUGUUCGUCUGGACCAAUUGGGAGAUGUUGCAAUAUUUGUAAGUGUGCAAAUGCUCUAUUUGCUAAACACGAUGCGGAAAAGCGUUUGGAAACGAGAGCACGAAGAAGCAAAAACAGGGCGCGAAUUCGUGACUUUUUUGCUUAUUUGCAAUAUUGCAUUAUAGGGUAUGAACAUUUUUGAAGUUCAGAGAUCUGAAGCUAACCCUGUGCAGUUUUAUGGAAGUGUUGCUUGGAAUAUAAUCGCGUAUGUUUCUGUGCCAUUUGCAGUCUUCUACUGGUUCCAUUCAACAGUUUGCUUAGCAAAUAUCUGGAAACAUGCUUGGAAAUUCAGAAAUUAGCGCCAGGACAAC